UCUGAUUGGCUAAGCAUUGGACACUUUUGCCCAAUGUGCCCCACCCUAUUUCUCAUUCUCGGCUUCAGUGGAGGCAGGUUGUGCAGCCUCAGCGAUGGAAUGACACACACACACACAGCUCGACUCAACCUGCCUACCUUAAUGUCAAGCUUUUUGAUCCUGCCACAGCUUGAUGAACCAACUCCAAAAGUGUACCCUGUGCAAUGUGGACGGGUGACAUGUGGAAUGAUGGUGUUGCUUUACCAUUGAGCAAUAAGGACAGCAGUGGAAGCCGUGACAGUGUGAUCAGUAUGAACUCUGGCUGUAGUGACGACAGCAUGGAGCACUUAUCCCCUGAGGAGAGGGCGUGCCUUAUGUAUCUGGAGCAGACACUCGAAGCAUUUGAGUUGCAAGAAGAUAGUGGACUCUCAGAUGAUGAACCAGACUCUGGACAACCCCCAGACAAAAUGGCUCUGAAUGAAAUCAAUGCUAUUUCCAGACUAAAUGGAGGGUCUGGAAUGGAUCGUCAGUCUGAGACCUUGCCCACUCCGGGGGUUGCCUUUCCAGUAGUGAAGAAGUCUGUGGUAAUCAAGUUAACUGAAGAAUACAAACCUGCACAGAAUUUUGUGAAUCAAACCUAUCAACCAAACUUCUCCACUGCUUCUGAAGAGCGUCAAGCUUCUAUGAAUGUCACUGACUCAAUCAGCGGUUGCAACAUGCGUGAUUUGCAUACCGAUGAACUGUGUUUAAGAACCGUUGGAGACGCUCCAAACACAAUGACUUGCAUUACUCCUGAGUUAGCUCUAGGACUGAUCCCACCGCCAUCUGACUUCAUGGAUGACCCUAAAUCUAAUCGAAAGCUCGAACUAAACGCCUAUCUAAAGCCCGAUCCAGGGACCCAUCCAAUGCCCAAUCCAGGGACCGAUCCAAGGUCCGAUCCAGGGCCUGAUCCGAAGCAUCAUCCAGAGGCUGACAUCAUCAAAGCCUCCCCUCACUCCAAGAGCAACAGGCCAGUCCCUAUUGACUUGAGACAUCUAUACCAGAGAGCCUUGGAAAAGAGACCUCCAGCUAGUCCCCCUGUUAAUAAGAAACCUAAAGACAAGCUUUUGAUCGAAGCUCGUCAGACUCCCACUGCUUUGGAGUCUCUUCAACCAGGACUCUCUCAUCAAGAAGUCAAAGAGCCAGAGAGCCCACCAUUUGUGGCUCCUAAGCCAAAAAGGAUUUCAAUCAACUCACCAAAGGAGAGAAAAAUAGAAGAAUUCAAUUCACCCAUUGGUAACGGCGACCGAGAGCUGUUGGACCAUGAGCGAAUCCACCUCCAGGCCCUCCAGAAGCUCGGCUUGCUCAAAGGUUCUCUGACUGACUUACCCGCCGACCUGAAUCAUAAGCUUUCCCCACAAACUCGAAAGUCGUGGGCAGAUUUUCCAACUCCAAGCACUCCGUCACUCCCAAGUCCAUCCAAUCUAACCCCAUCGCAUCGCAGCGAGUCCCCCGGCGCCACCUCUACUGCCUCAGAUAUUCUGCCCAUCUCAUCUGGGUCCAAUGACCGAGCGAGGCUUCUCUCAGCUUGCAAACAAUCUCCUUCAGAGGGUUUAAUUUAUACUCAAGGAAAAGCCCCGGCUCGCUCAACUUCAGACCUGGUCAAGCAGUUAACCAAGGUCAGAGCUGCCCAGCCAGGAGCCGUGGAGAACUCCGGCUUCCGCCCGAGAUACCCUGUAAAUCAUGAUGAAAGAAUUAGUGUUGAACGGUGCCUCAAUCAUGCCGCCAGCCCUGACCUUCGGAGACGUGAGUCCUCCGUCUCUGCCUUCAAGCAUUCGAGACCCUCUCACAAGGUUCCACGGUCGCAAGGCAUCAGCGUGCUGAUCUGCCCCCAGGAGACAAAUGGAGUGGACCACCAUGCAGCUCUGAAGAAACUGGGAUUAGGGACAAACCAAACCAGCCCCCCGCCCCCAAGGCCUUACAGAAAAUGAAUGACCUUUAAAUUACAUCAUAUUCAGAGCUAGAGGAAGCAUGUGUAUUUCUCAGUGGCUGCCUCAACACCAGAAUAAUAUACUCACAAUUUGGCACCUGUGGAUUAACCUAGGUUUGUUAAAAAACAAUGUAUCUUUUUAUUUAUUUGUUUCUGGGAGGGGUCCACCCUUAUUUGCAGUAUAUCCCCACUUCGUCAAGAAUUUUGGGAGUCAAAAAAUGCAUUUGAAUGGGCAUCAUCUAUUUGUGGAUUUGCGGGCCAGCUCACUCAUUGCCCCGUGAAUAGCGGACUUUCAAUAUAAUGUUUUGCAUUAGUAGUAUUGAUAGCCACAUAAAGUGCCUUAUAGUCUGUCUGCCUCUUAAGCUUUGGUGGGCAUAUACCUCCAUUAGCAUCUGUUACUUUGAUUGCAAAACAUGCACACUAUUGCACACACUCUCUCCUGAAACUGUCAGUUAAGCACUCAGGGAUUCCUAUUUAACUCUUAUGAAGAAAAUACUUAUCGUACCUUAUAUUGUUGAACGUCUUUCACUGUCUGUUUUCACAAGUUGUUCCUUUUGCCUGUUUUCCGACCACAGGAAUUUUGGCAACAUGCAAAGGUUUGUAUUUUUAAGCUACCACAUUGAGGGAGUUGGCAGUGUAUAAAUUAAGUUGACGAAAAGCAGGACGGUGUUAAUUAAAAAGAAAGGGAAAAAAAACGUAUGUCGUUUUGUGUACAUUGCUUGGAAACUGAUAUAAAUGUCAGAUGUAGAGCUUGUGUUUUCACAGUAGGUUUGAAAUGUCACCUUAAGAUUUGUAGAUUAGCGCUGAUUUUUAGUUAGAAAAGAUUGAAUUCAGUUAAUUAACUAAUUGUAUGUGCACUUGGAAUCAUUCGUUUUGUGUGAUUAUGUGAUCUCUUUGUAUCAUGUCAAGUCAUAAAUUUGAGGCACCAGUC